GCAGCUUCAAAUAGAUUACAGACUUGUUGAAUUCACCAACAGUAAUCCGCUUUCCAGUUCCAGCCCACAGAAAAUCCCAUUUUAACAAAAGGCCAAUCUAGAUGGCCAAAAACCAAAACCAUGUUCCAGGCAAGAAGGAAGGUGAUAAGCUGUACUGUUGUGCAACCACUGCAAAGAUCAGUGCUAAGGAGGGUGGUGGUUCACAUGUCUUCAACUUGAUACACCCUUCUUAUACUUUGACAAAGACGAGAGUGGAUACAUCACUCAGGAUGAGCUCCAGCAGGCCUGCCAGCAUUUUCGCUUGGAAGACAUUCAUUUGGAAGAGAAUUCGCGGAGUUGAUAACAAUAAUGACGGGAGCAUUGGCUACAGUGAGUUUGUAGCCAUGAUGCAAGACACUGAUUUUGGGAGGAGGCACAAAGUAUAACUUAAGUAUGGGAUUCAAAGGACAAUUUAAGAAUUGACACCUGAUUUUGCUAUUCCGAGACUGUAAAGUCAAAAGAUCAAAUGAAUGUUCUAACUAGAU